UAUGAAAGCAGCCUGGAAUUUCUACGUCAACCCGUGUGGAUGACGCCGCCGCCGUCAACGUUCCAAAACAAAACGUAGCCGAGGCAAAAGUUGCUUUUUAAAAUAGUUUGUUUCGGCUAAAGAGCAGCGGGUCUGUUAGCCAUGUAGCUGGCCGCACAUGACCGGACUGCACUUCUCCAACUAAUGUCUAGGGUGUCGGGUCUUUUUUUAGUCUGUGUUGUGCGUGUAAAGUGUAAUGUAUAGCGUAGUUAUUUUAGCGUCGUCGUGACUGUUUCUGGUUGCUAUGGCAUUUUUAAACGGCCCCAGACUGCUGGACUGGGCAAACUCUCCUCCACAUUUACAGUUCAACAGAUAUGUCCUGACUGGCUAUAGACCCAUCUCCUCCGUCCAGGAGUGUAUCAAGAGUCUCUUCUAUCUGCACAAUGAGCUGGGGAACAUCUACACACACGGAAUCCCUCUGCUCUGUUUCCUGGUGCUGCUCCCGCUCAACAUCCCCUGGUCACAGAUCACCGUGACGUGGCUUGGCGUGGUGCAUUUCCUGGCCUGCCUGUCACCGCAGCUGGGCUCAGUGGUCUACCACCUGUUUAUGAACCAUGAGGGCGGCGAGCCCGUCUACAAAACCCUGCUCACGCUAGAUAUGUGUGGAAUCUGCAUGAUCAACACGCUAGGAGCCCUGCCCAUCGUGUACAGCACUCUUCUCUGCUACCCCUUCACCCGCACAGUGGCUCUGCUGAUGUACAUCCUGCUCUCCAGUUACGCCAUCUACUGUGCCGUCACAGCGGGCAGCAGAGUGCGCCGUCUGCGUUCCUUCGCCUGGCAGGCGCUUUUCCGCUUCUCGUUUUUCCUAUUGCGCUGGAUAGGUGUGGGCGGAGGAAGUCCCACCUCACUGCGUCACUUUCUCACCAUGGAUGCACUAGCGGUGUUGGGCGGUGUCAUCAAUAUCACGCGAAUCCCCGAGCGGUUCUGCCCAGGCCUCUUUGACUACUGGUGCAACAGCCAUCAGAUCAUGCAUGUGCUGGUGGUGGUGUCUAUACUGUACCUACACUGGGGGGUGCUGGACGACUUACUGUGGAUCAACACGCAUCACUGUCCGUCAGACUGACAGUGGCCCCUGCUAGUCUGGAAUCAUGGGUAAUAAGGCGUGAGGACCUCUUUUAGUAAUGAGAUGUUUGGGAACGCGACGUAAUUGGGCAAAGAAUGGUUUGGGUUGGGGGGAGACUGUGUGCUUUGUAUAUAUAUGUGUGCACGAAAGUCCAUAAGAAGUGUUUUACAUGUUUUUUAGGAGACACCAGUGCCAGCUUUGACACACAUGCUUGUUUGUGCCGUCAGUAGCCAGAAUGUACAUAUCUGCGUUUGCAUAAACAUUGUCCAUGCAUGGCACUGUUUAGAUCUGCUAGCUCAAACAAAAGCUAUUUAUUUAUUUAUUUAUUUAUUUGGUUUGAGACCUACAAAUUCUAUAGGCGCACACACACACGCACAUAUGGGGUCUGGCAUUAUUUAAUGUCAUGUGUUCACCAGCGUUUAAAGCAUUUAAUAAAUAACCUCUAAAUUUAGUUGUAGCUGAACAGUGAGAGACAUGAUCGAGCCCUCAAAUGAUUGGCUCUCGAAAAGUAAGAAUUAACGUAUCGCGUAAAACUAAAAUUCUUUGCACAAAAUAGCAUGGCUUUUAUGAAAACUAAUUAUAGUUUGUAUCUAUUCUCAAUUUUGCUGGUGACAAACAAAGAUCACCGGUGCAGAAAUUAUGUAUGCACCACCCAACUUUCAACUUAAUACACUAUUGCAGACUAUGCAGCAUAUCAGAUGUUACAUCAGUGCUAACACACACAUACACACACACGCGUACUGUAUGCCCAGUCUCACAGCAACAUUUACUGGAAAUACUUGAGUUGAUUUUACUUGUUUUAUCACACUUUCUUUUUUCCACUCUCCCUGUUCAGGUCCACAUUUCCCGCAUUCUCACCCUGAUACCUGUAAGUGAAGGGAGAAGGGGUCAUUCCUUGGUUUGUAGACUUGCAAUUUAUACGUUUACUGGCUGGUUAAAGGUGCUGAGUGCCCAUUUUAUUUUUUAGUGCCCUCUGUGACUUUGAUCAUGUUUGUUAAAAUCUAAGGGGCAUUUAUUCAAUGCAGUUUUUGCAGGAGCAUGACUUUUAAUAAUACCCUAGGAAACAUUUUACAUUACCUGCAGAAGAUAUUUUCUCUGCUGUGCUGCUGAACAGUCGAUUCAGCCUUGUACACUUACGGUUUUAAUAUCCUAAUCUGUAGUUUGGAAGAUUGGAUUUUGUACCACUCUAAAUUAGAUUUCAUUUCUUUUCUGACCUUUAACCUCAAUUAUCUAUGUAACCUUGGAUUCAAGACAACGCAAAUUAUUUUCUUAAUGGCGUGCUGUUUGCACAAAGGCUUUAAUUCUCUGCUGGCCAUCAUCGUCCACUGUGCACCUGAUGUUCCCGCUCAUCAGAUGUGGCAGAUGAAUAUUAGACUCCAGAAUGGAGCAAUAUUACACAUGCCAGUUCACUAUGAAUUCCCCAAUGAAGACUAGGGGAAUAUUGGUACUGCUCACGUUUAUUAAUGCUAUAUAUACGGAUUAUCUAAGUCCCUAGUAAUGGGAUCAACUUGAUUGGAUAUAAUUCAUAAUGACCCCUCUGAUUUAAGAAAAGUUGCCAAAAGACUUCAGGUUUAACAGAGCUGUGUACAGUGACUAAAGCUGAACAAUCAGUCUCCUUUAUAUCUUUCUUUAGAAUGUGAUUAAUGUAAACUAAAACAGUUCUCAAUGUAGAUUGCACUAUGGAGAUGUUCUCAUUGUUCCAAAUGGGCUGUAUUAUGCAGUUUUUGCACAUUUGGAUUUGUUAGCUUAGCACGCUCAAACCAAGAAUGACUCUUUUAACCCUUCCAACCUCACUUUGUUUUAAAGAACUGACAAACAAACAACACAAUGUGAUAGAUUCACUGACACUAUCACAAUAUAGCUUUUAGAAUAAACUUCAGUGAGGCCUGCCGUUCAUUUCAAUUACCCUCACUAUCCAUGUCAUUGGCAUUAUAUUUAUUAUAUUUAAGAUGUUAAAUAUGUUUUGACAUUUGGCAAUGUUUGAAGAUGUUUUAUUUAAAUGCUACUACUACUGUUUUUUUAUUAUUAUUAUUAUAUAUGUAUAUUAUUUUAACAAGUUGGGGAUCACAUAUCUUUACACAACCACAGUACUCUAAUAUCCUCUAGCAGAGAUCACACCUAUUAGUGUAGAAUCAGUGCAUGUUAAGUAGAAUGUUGCUCAGAUAUAUCUGACAAACACUUACACAUACUCUAUGCCAAAUUAGAUUUUAGGGCCUCAGGUGUCGAGCACGACGGUCCUGAUCUUAGCAGACCAGGGUGGUUUCAAAAACUAACCACUAGUCCCUCAGAAUUGGGGAAGUGUACCCCAACCCCUUUAACGCUAUUAAAUGAUAAACAUUAGAGUCUGCAAUCAAGUGUUGCAUGUAAGUACUAGUAAACCAAUCCCCUUAAAACACAACAUGCGAUUUCUAAUGCUUGUGCAAUGCAACCACUGACAUAUGUGCUUAAUGUAUCAAAUAUAUCUGUCUUUAGAAAUGGAAUGAAAUCAAGAGAGCAGCCCAGAGGCAAUACAACCAUAUCAAGUAAUUAACUGCACUGUUUAUUUUUUUACCAAAAGGGCUUUGGAUCAAAGUGAAAACCAAUUAAGAACUUAAAAGUCCAUAUAGGUAACAUAAAUACCUGUAUUUAGACUGUAUAUGCAUAAAAUGCAAGCAGCAUACAUACUGACAUUUUUAUAUAUUCAUAUUAAUAUAUAAAGCAACAAUGUGAUAAGAAAACAUAUUGAAUGUUAACGUAUUUCAUCUCAGAGAGCGACACUCAAUAUGGAUUGUCCGAUUUCAUUUCAAAGGCAGCAGUGAUUCUGUAACUGUAAAAAGCUGUAAUUGUGACGUCACAAUGACGGGCCUAGGUUAGACAGGUUAGAUUAUUUAGUAGGGUUAACCGUCACAAUAAUAUGUCUGUACUACUAUGAUGUCAUAAUGUCAUUAAACACGGUCUUUGGUUUUUAAGCUGUUUAGAAGGGAUUGUAAUAUAGUUCGGUUGGUAAAAUCUCUUUUUUACAUUAUGAAAAGUACAGAGAGGCAUACAGAUGUUUUGGUUUGGGGUCCUGAUAUGUUAUUACCUCUGAAAUCCACCGGAUAACUAUGCAUAAUUGAAAUAUGUACAUUUAUAUAUACACACAAACAUGUUUUGUACAUGUGAAUUCCAAAAACAAGAUGUUUUACCAGUCCUGAAAAGAAACAGAUUCACACCAACAUGUUUU